AUGGCUCCCAGGCGACGCUGCCCUACAUGUGGUUCAAAGCAGUGGCACAAAGAACCCUCCAGUGGUUUAAUCGCGUGCAGUGAGGGACACAUUCUUCAAAACUACAGAAAUGAAACGACGGAGAUGGAGGAGAUGGGCCCUCAUGCCAUGAAAAAAAGAGCGCUCAAAAGCGGGCGGAAAAAAAGGCAAUCAAAGAGCAACGCUGACCCGAAACUUUACCAUGGAGCACGAGGCCGAUAUCAUCUCUUUCUGUGUCAGCAGCUAUUAUUGCGAAAGCAGAUAGUCGCACUGACACAUCUGUGGAAGCUUCCUCCGGAGUAUGAGGUGAUUUGCCGGGAUAUUUGGGCUCUGCACCUCAGUUUACUUCCGAAUCCUCCGCCGCCAGAACCUUACAUAUUUGCGCAGGGGAAUAGGGAUGGUGCUGAAGACGACGUUGAGGAGACGACGAUAACAAACUUGCCUGAACUGAAGCCAGAAUCGGAAGGUCUACCUGGAGAGAAGCUUGACCAAACUGCGGAUUACCAGGAUUCCGAAAAGGAUGAGGAUUCUGACUUGGAAGACCUAAUGCGAGAAAACUCUGAAGUCUCUUCGUCGGAGGAUUCGGGGCAAGAAAAUCAAUUGCGCGUAACGAAGGAAACCGAGAAACAUAGAGCGAGGCGUGCGUAUGAAGGGCCUACAAGUACAAUCGCCGUAUUGGUUGUGGCUUCCUGGAUUCUCCGAAUCCCAGUUUUAUACCGAGACUUUCUGAAAGUUAUCGAGUCUUACGAAUUGCCGUACCUGGACCCCGUCCGGCUUUUACCUUCGGACAUGACAUCUCAUCUCACCAAACAUCAUAUACAAGCCUUAUCUCCCUUUCACGCCCCAAAAUCUGUUUAUGUCCAUCGCCUCGCGUCUCGACUUUGCAAACGUUUGCAUUUGUCUUAUGGGCUGUUCACGCCUGAGGCAAACGCUGGAUCUAUCCUGUGGCGUGUUGUCAAAGCCAUGGGCGGUACUCCCACUUUAUACGUUCUGACGAAACGGCUGGCGAGCAUCCUGUCAAUACCCCUGACACUCCAUUCCUCGCUUGCGGCCGGAUUGCCGCGCAUGAAAAAACACGAUCCGCUUCAUCAUCAGUUUGACAACAUACCCCCCGAGGUGGGUUUGAUGGCUGCCUGCAUUGUGGUUCUUAAAAUGGUGUACGGCUUGGAUGGGAGACCGAGAUCUCCGAAGGAUGAGGAGGAUCCAGCUUGCGCACUGCCUUGCGUUGACGAAUAUUUGAGGGUUUUACGUGAAAUGGAUAUUGCAGAAGACAAGUCCAAGGGAAAGCUGUUUGAUUCACGGAAUGCAAUGCAAAUCGGCGAAUUGAGCGAAACGAUGCUAGAUGACUACCUUUUAUUUUGUGAAAAAGCACUGUUGGUGCCUGGUGAGGAUGACGACAGGACAUUGCGUGAUUACUUUCCUUUGAAGGAAGGUCAUGGGGGCCAAAUGACGAUGGAAGCUGGAUAUGACCGAACACGAGGAGCCCUUAACGCGGCUGUGGCGGUGGAUGAGGACUUUGAGGUUUUGCGGCCCGGAGAAGAACAUGCGGUAUGGAAUUCGCGAGAUGUAUUGGGGACGUUGCCAGAAGAAUAUAGGAUUGUACUGGAUCGUGGAGCGAGAUGGGUUGGUGUUGAAGCGGAAUAUUUAGGUGGAGUGAUUGAACAACAUGAGCGAGGAGUUACAAGGUGGUGGAAGAGAAUAAUAAUAUAA